AGCGAACGCUUUGUGAGGACCCUUUCUGCCCGGCGAGCAGUUCGGUGCUGCCGUGUGAUUCUUCGGAUACAAUCUCUUUUGCAGAAGAUGUAUUACAAAUUCAGCGGUUUUACUCAGAAGUUAACCGGUUCGGCACCAUUAGUCGCAUAUGCUCCCCAGGGCUUUAGACCAGCAGUCCCCAGCCAAUCACCUACGAUGGUCUUUGCCACGCCCACUAAGGUGACAUCAGAGGUUGGCCGUGGUGCUGAGUAUCUGGGAGCCAACAGAGUGCCUGAUCUGCAGAAGAUCUUCCAGGGGGAGGGCAUGCCUGUGCACCUGAAGAUGGGGGUCCCAGACAAACUGCUGUACCGCACCACCAUGGCCCUGACCAUAGGGGGCACCCUCUACUGCCUCAUGGCUCUCUACAUUGCCACACAGCCCCGCAAGUGAGGCCAGCACCAAAACUGAAAGAUUCGUUACCAUGACAACCGCAGAGAUGACGAUCAUGACCUUCGAGUAACGGACUCACUCCCCUGACCUGUUCCCUCCAUGGGUUAAACCUCUGUACUAUUUAUUACUCUUCUGUAAAGAGGGACUUAUCAUUCCCCGUCUGUACAAAGUAAUCUACCAGCAAACUCUCACUGUGGAGGCUUGAGGACUUGACCUGUCUCCUAUCCUAACCCUCACCAUUCCUCCAGCUCAUACUGUGUGUGUGUGCGCGUGUGUGUGUGUGUGCGUGCGUGUUUAUGCACGUGGGUGUCCCUAUGGCUCUAGAUCACCUGUCUGAUGGCUUUGAUAACAUUGUGGAUAACAGCUACCAGCCGUUUCUUCUGCCAUAGGCCUUUGGAAAUUUCUAGAAGAUGAAAAGGCAGUAAAGGAUUUGGUUGUUGAUGCUGGAGAAUGUCUGCACCUGAUCAGGCACCAAUUUCAGUGUGAUGAGUGUAAAAAUGCCCUUUUGAUAGUCUGAAAUAGGCUGAUUGGAUGGUGAUUGUGCACUAAUGUCUGUUUCACUCUUCUGUCAUGUAAGCAGAUCUCAUGCUGGUUAUUGUGUGUGAAUGUGAAUGGCUUGGUUCCUGUCUCUACGUAGCCACUAGUGGUUCUUGUCCCAGGGAACAGCAGCCAGCAGGCACUGUCUUGCGCACGUGUGGCUCGGUUCACUGCAUCUAAAAACUGAAUCUGAUGUGAGCUUGUCGGUUAUGUGGGAAAAUAAAGACAAACCGAAAAGAAA